UACGAAUCGACGGACAAGGGUUGCACGAAAGUAAAUAACAGUUGAAUUGGGUUGUUUUUUAUAGUGCGCUGAGCAAGUUACAUAUUAAUGUGUCGUUAUUUCAAAAAUCGAGUUUAUAGACAUUUUCCUGUGUUUGAUGUUAUAAGGUUUGAAAAACUAUACGAGUCUCUGUGAUGAGACCGAAUGCAUAAAUCUGUUGAAACAUCUGAGAGUACAAACCCUUCUGAAGAAUGGAAUAACGUUAACUGUAUAACAUAAAGAAAGCUUACAGUCUGUUAAAAUUAUAAAUCAUGGAUGAAGAACCAGAGAGAGCAAAACGCUGGGAAGGAGGAUACGAACGAACAUGGGAGGUGCUGAAGGAGGAUGAAUCGGGAUCUCUUAAAGCUUCUGUGGAGGACAUUCUUUUCCAAGCAAAGAGGAAAAGAGUGUCUGAGGGUCAUGGACAAGUUCGGCUUGGGAUGAUGCGGCAUCUCUUUGUGAUCAUUGACUCAUCUAGAUCAAUGGAAGAUCAGGACCUGAGGCCCAAUAGGCUGACCUCAACCUUAAAGCUGAUGGAGUUUUUUGUGGAGGAAUACUUUGACCAGAAUCCAAUCAGUCAGAUAGGGAUCAUUACCACCAAGAACAAGAGGGCGGAGAAGCUCACUGAUCUUGCAGGGAACCCUAAGAAGCAUUUAGCAGCUCUGAAGAAAGCUGUGGACUCCACAUGUGUUGGUGAACCGUCUCUCUACAACUCUCUCAACGUGGCUAUGCAGACUCUCAAACACAUGCCUGCUCAUACAAGCAAAGAGAUCCUCGUUAUUUUCAGCAGUCUUACUACCUGUGACCCAGCCAACAUCUAUGAGCUUAUCAAAACUCUGAAUGCUUUGAAGAUUAGAGUGUCUGUGAUAGGCCUGUCAGCAGAAGUUCGAGUGUGCACCAUUCUCACAAGAGAAACUGGAGGAUCCUACAAUGUAAUAUUGGAUGAGAGUCAUUUUAAAGAGCUGCUGAUGCUGCAUGUGAAGCCGCCUCCUGCCAGCUCCUCCUCAGAGUGCUCCCUCAUUCGCAUGGGUUUCCCUCAGCAUGUCAUAGCCUCCAUGUCUGAUCAGGAUGCCAAACCCUCGUUCAGCAUGUCGCACCUAGACAGCACUGGUGAGCCAGGACUCACUCUUGGUGGCUACUACUGCCCACAGUGUAGAGCCAAAUACACCGAGCUGCCAGUGGAGUGUAAAGUGUGUGGUCUGACUUUAGUUUCCGCUCCUCACCUGGCCCGUUCCUUCCAUCACCUCUUCCCCCUGGAGGCCUUCCAGGAAACCCCACUGGAGGAGUAUGAGGGGGAGAGGUUCUGUGAGGCCUGCCAAGGAGAGUUGAAAGACAAAAGUGUAUUUACUUGCCUAGCAUGUAAAAAAGUGUUCUGCGUGGAGUGUGAUCUCUUCAUACAUGACACACUGCACUGCUGUCCUGGCUGUAUGCAGACUGACAGGACAUCCUGAUGCAAGAUGGCCUGACUACAAGACAUCUGUGAACUUCAGUACAAGUAGAAACUGAGAUUUUAGAAAAAAAAAAGAAGUCAUCAACCACCGAUUUAGAUUCUCACUGAUUAUUGAGGGUUGAAGUAAUGAAAGCCAAUGCUUAUCAGUUCUCUGGAAUCAUGUUACUUUGGCUUUCUUACAUCAUUGUUGUGCUGGAGCUGUAACUGUAUAAAAGGGCGCCCCCUAUGGGGAGAAGCAUCUCACUGGACCAAAUGAAACCAGCAACAGAAUUAUUAUUUUUUUGGCUGGUUUCCAGUGUCCUAUUUCUAUUAAAGCCAUGGCAUUGUAAUAGAGUGAACAUGACAGCUGUUCCUAUAUUUUGCACCCUACAUGCCAUGUUAAUGUACUCGCCUGUACUCAAUGACUCAAAAACAAAC